AUAGGGAGGGGGUUAAAAGGCUGAGUGAAUAGUACAUUAUAUACGAAGUCGUAGUGGAGGCAGUGGAACGAGAGGUGUGUAAGGAUUGAGAGAUAUUCAAAGAUUUACAAUCCUAUUACUUUGUGAAAUUUCUACCAUAAAAUUUACUUUUGUAUGCGUCACGGAAAUUCUUGUUAACCAAGUUUUAUAGCAUAUAACUGGUGAUAUGGCGGAAGCACAUUCAGCUGUAGCAUUUAGUUUUUCUAUUACUCAUGAGGGAUGGGAUGUUAAUUUUGAUAGAGAAGUCUUACAUUUGGUGUGGCAAUCAGGUAUCCGUUCUUGGAAGAAAAGAUUUUUUAGAUUUGUUAAUAACUUGAGAAGUGGUGUAUAUCCUGCCUCCUUAGAAAGUUUAUGGUUCACUAUAGCUUUGGUAACUGCAAUACAUUUUGCUGGCUACAAAGUACCUUAUGACCUUGUUGGAAAAGCUGCACCAUAUCUUUCAGGAUCUUCAAUAUUAGCACACUUAGCAGGAUCAUUUAUAGUUGGGUUGUUUUUGUGGUUGAUAGUAAUAUAUAUAAUGCGAUACACCUUGAAGUUAUUACUUAUGUACAAAGGAUGGAUGUAUGAGUCAAGAGAAAAAAGGUCUAAUGCUUCAAGAGUUACUAAGUUGUGGUCCACAUUAGUGAAGUUGUUCUUUGGAUGGCACAAACCAAUGCUGUAUAGUUUUCAAGGAUCAUUGCCACGACUACCAUUACCCUUAGUGGAAAAUACAAUGAAACGGUACCUACGCAGUGUUCGACCAUUGCUUGACGAUAAAAAUUAUUCUCGAAUGGAGACAUUGGCAAAUGAGUUUCAAAGAGGCAUUGGUGUGAAGCUUCAACGUUAUUUGAUUUUAAAAUCUUGGUGGGCCACUAAUUAUGUUUCUGAUUGGUGGGAAGAAUAUGUUUAUUUACGUGGGCGAUCUCCUAUCAUGGUGAAUUCAAACUUUUAUGGUAUUGAUGCGAUUCUUAUGUAUCCUACUCAUGUACAAGCUGCCCGUGCUGCAAAUGUUAUUUAUUCGUGUCUGCAGUAUCGACGAUUGAUUGAACGCCAAGAAUUAGAACCGAUACUAAUUCAAGGUUUGGUGCCUCUCUGUUCAUGGCAAUAUGAAAGACUAUUCAAUACAACAAGAGUACCAGGACUUGAAACAGAUAAAAUUGUACAUUAUCAGGAUUCUAAACAUAUUGUUGUAUAUCACAAGGGAAAAUAUUUCAAGGUCCUUAUUUAUCACAAAAGCAGAAUUCUUCAAGCUUGUGAAAUUGAAAUGCAAAUGCAACAAAUUUUAGAUGAUAAAUCAGAACCAUCAGAAGGUGAAGAGAAAUUGGCUGCUUUAACAGCUGGUGAAAGAACUGCAUGGGCAAUAGCUAGAGAAGAAUUUUUCUCGAAAGGAGUAAAUAAAGCAUCUUUAGAUCUUAUUGAAAAAGCAGCAUUUGUAGUUGCAUUAGAUGAUGUACCAUAUGUAUACGAUCCAGAGGAUCCAGAUAAAUUAGAUCAAUAUGGUAGAAUUUUAUUGCAUGGUAAAGGAUAUGAUAGAUGGUUCGAUAAAUCAUUUACUUUAUGUAUAGGAAAUAAUGGCAGAACUGGCUUUAAUGCAGAACAUUCAUGGGCAGAUGCUGCAGUGAUGUCACAUAUGUGGGAGUACGUGAUAUCUCAGGAGGUCACCAAUAGAGAGGCUGAUGCACCUAUUAUGGGAUCUCUAUGGGAAUAUGUUAUCGCUAAUGAUGUGGAAAUGGGAUAUAAGGAAGAUGGAUAUAAUAAGGGAGUACCAGAGUUCACACCUCCACCUCCUGUUCGACUUCAGUGGGAUUUGAAUCCAAAGUGCAUAGCCACAAUUGAAGAAUCAAACCAAGUUGCACAGAACUUAUUAAAUGAUGUCGAAUUACGCAUUUAUGUACAUGAUGCGUAUGGUAAAGGGUUUAUGAAAGUUAAUUCGAUGUCACCAGAUGCAUACAUACAAAUGGCCUUACAGUUAGCGUAUUUCCGUGAUUCUGGCAAAUUUAAUUUAACUUAUGAAGCUUCUAUGACUAGACUAUUUCGGGAAGGAAGAACAGAAACUGUGAGGCCAUGUACAAUUGAAUCUACGAAUUGGGUAAAAGCAAUGGAGAGUAAAAAUGCAACUGUUGAGACUAGGUAUGAUUUAUUGAUGGCAGCAGCAAAACAGCAUCAAAAAGGUUAUCAAGAUGCUAUGUGUGGUAAAGGAAUAGAUAGACAUUUAUUUUGUUUAUAUGUAGUAUCUAAAUAUCUAGAAGUAGACUCUCCUUUCUUAAAGGAAGUUUUAAGUGAACCAUGGAAAUUAUCUACUUCACAAACGCCACAUGGACAAACAUCAUUAAUAAACUUGAAAAAACAUCCAAAUUGUAUCUCUGCAGGAGGUGGCUUUGGUCCUGUAGCUGAUGAUGGUUAUGGCGUUUCGUAUAUUAUUGCUGGAGAAAAUCUUAUAUUUUUCCAUAUUUCAUGCAAACGUAAUUCUCCAGAAACAAAUGCAGCUAGAUUUGCAAAACAAAUAGAAAAAGCAUUAGCUGAUAUGAAGAAUCUGUUUCUUGAAAGAAAAAAGCUGCAAACUCAAAAGAAUGGUUCUACAUAAUUAUUCUGCAGCAAAAAGAGAUGCAGUUACGUAUACUAGUGGAAAAUUUCAAUUUUAAUCCUUUUUUCUAAAUGUUUUAAGAUGAUCCCUUUACAUAUUCAAAAUGUAUCUUUUGUAACGUUGUCUGCAGAAAGAACACUAAACAUUAAUAUUUCAUGCUCUUUAACAGCGUACAUUAAAUUUAAAAACGUACAAAGUUUAAUUAUAUUUAUUUUUAUAAUAAGCAUUUUAUGAAAAACGUUUUUGGAUGGAAAACAUUUGUAAAUUAUAAUAAUAAUGAUUAAAAGAUAUUGUCAUUAAACUUUUAUGAAAACUAUCUUAGAAAAAAGAGAUAUAUACUGCUAUUUUUAUAUUUUAUAUUACUCUCAGGAAAAUUGUUAUAAAUGAGGUUAUUGUAAAACUUAUUGAUUGAAGAUUGAACGUUUAAUAGUAAAGUUUAGUACACAACAUAGAGAACAACUAAGAAACGUAGUAUGAAAUUUUCAAACAGACUGCUGUUUGAAUAAUAAAAUUGUGUAUUCAUUAUGCAAUGAGAAUAGUAUUAAAUUUUGUAACCGGUUUCAUCUCUUCUAUAUAGUAGAAGAUCGAAAGUUUAAUUCAUUGUAUAAUUAAGUUUUUUAUGAUAUAAAUAAAUAAAUAUAUAUAUAUAUUAAAUUACUUUAUAUAUAUAUAUAUAUAUAUAUAUAUGAAGUAAUUUAACAUUUUUAACUUUGUACCAAUUUUAUCAAUUAUACGAGUUCUAAUCAUAUUCAAUAUAACUACAGAAUGAUUAUUAUUAGUGAAACCAUCAGAAAUUGCGAAUAUAUCUUAAAUCAUUAUUAAUAUUCAAAUACUGUUAGUAUUGCAGUAUAAUCAAUCAAUAAUUACUAUUUUUAUAUUUUAGAUGUGAAGAAAAAUUAUUAUAAUUGAUUAACAAUAAGUUUUAUAUUAACUGCGUAUUAAAUAUAGCGCGUGUUAUUUGUAAUACAAAAUAUAUAUAUAUAUGAUACAAAAUGUGAUAUACAUAUAUAUAUAUACACAUAUAUAUUAUAUAUAUUUUAUAUAUAUAAUAUAUAUAUAUAUGAUCACAUUUUGUAUUACAAAUAACACACACACACACACACACACACACACACACACACACACACACGUGUAUAUGUAUUUAUAUUUAGUUUUAGAAUAUAUUAAAUAAUAUGCCAUAGAUCUAUAUAUGCAACCUAUCAAUGCAAAAUUUUAAUGUUGUAAGUAGUUUAUAUAUUAUUCAUUUUAUUAUAUCUUUAUUAGAACUGUAUUUCAAGGUACUGGUGCUUUUAUAAUUUUAUUACUCGAAUUUACAAUUUUAAGAUAAAUAUGUUAUUCUAUUUGAUGUAAACAGAAAAAAUGAAAUAUACGAUAAUAAGAUGCAA